AAAAGCUCGACGUGUUAGUGAACCCCAAAGACAAGUAACAACAACGCUGUCUGACCAAAAUCAAAUGAACUUAAACGAACAUGUCUUAGCAGUACUUGCAAAAUGCAAUCACCUCAACCAUCUCAAGCAACUCCAAGCCUUUCUCAUCACCCUAGGCCAUAACCAAACCCAGUUCUACGCCUUCAAGCUGGUCCGCUUCUGCGCUCUUUCUCUUGCCAACAUUCCUUACGCUCGCGUCAUCUUCGAUCAUCUCCACUCUCCCAAUGUCUAUCUUUAUACUGCCAUGAUUACUGCAUAUGCUUCUCGGCCCGACCACGAGUCCGCCUUUGCCUUGUACCGCAAUAUGGUUCGUAGAAGACGCCCUCAGCCCAACCAUUUUGUCUAUCCGCACGUCCUGAAAGCUUGUCCCCAGGCUUUGGAGCCUCAUGCAACUAAAAUGGUGCAUACCCAGAUUUUAAAAUCAGGUUUUGGUCAAUACCCGGUUGUGGAAACGGCUCUUGUUGAUUCAUACUCGAGGUUUUGUUCGGAUAAUAGAAGCGCGAGACAGGUGUUUGAUGAAAUGUAUGAGAAAAAUGUUGUGUCAUGGACGGCUAUGAUUUCUGGGUAUACUCGACUUGGGGAGAUUGGUAAUGCUGUAUCGUUGUUUGAAAAAAUGCCGGAUAGAGAUGUUCCGGCUUGGAAUGCCGUUAUUUCAGGGUGCACUCAAAACGGUUUGUUCUCUGAAGCAGUUUCACUCUUCAGAAGAAUGGUCAAUCUUUCACAGGAGGGGCAGCAUCAAGGUAUUAGGCCGAAUCAGGUUACAGUUGUUUGUGCGCUCUCAGCUUGUGGCCACACUGGCAUGCUCCAGCUUGGUAAAUGGAUUCAUGGUUAUGUUUACAAAAAUAGGGUUGAUCAAGAUACAUUUAUCUCAAACGCUCUAGUAGAUAUGUAUGGGAAAUGUGGGAACUUGAAAAAAGCAAGAAGGGUUUUUGACAUGACUCCCAAGAAAAGCUUGACCUCGUGGAAUUCCAUGAUCAAUUCUUUUGCUCUCCAUGGCCAAAGCGAGAGUGCAAUCAGCACAUUUGAGGAGAUGAUGCAAUGUGCAGAUGGUAUGAAACCUGAUGAGGUUACAUUUGUUGGUUUGUUGAAUGCUUGUACUCAUGGAGGAUUGGUAGAAAAAGGUCUUUCUUAUUUUGAGAUGAUGACUAAUGGUUGUAGAAUUGAACCCAAAAUUGAACACUAUGGGUGCUUGAUAGACCUUCUUGGUCGGGCAGGUCAAUUUGAAGAGGCCUUGGAAGUUGUGAGGGGAAUGAGUAUGGAACCUGAUGAGGUUGUUUGGGGUUCUUUGCUUAAUGGAUGUAAGAUUCAUGGUCGUUCUGAUUUGGCAGAAUUCACAGUCAGAAAAUUGAUUGAGAUUGAUCCAAACAAUGGUAGUUAUGGCAUAAUGCUGGCGAAUAUACAUGGGGAGUUGGGGAAGUGGGAUGAGGUACGGAAGGUGAGGAAGAUGUUGAAGGAGCAGAAUGCCUAUAAAACUCCCGGUUGCAGUUGGAUUGAGGUUGACAACCAAGUUUAUCAGUUUUAUUCUGCUGAUAAAUCACAUUACAGAACAGAAGAGAUAUACAAAAUCUUGGAAAGUAUGAUCUGUUUUGUUAGUUUGAAGUGAAAGUCAGGCAAGAAUUCUCUAUUUUUUUCCCUUUGCCACAAAAAAAUUAAACAGAGGAGACGAGAGUGGGAGAAAGGAAAUUAUUCGGAUAAAGGUGCAUGUAAUCUCUGGAUCACAAUCACCCGGUUCUGAGAAGGGAAACCCUGGUGGAUGUUGAUUGGAGUUUGUUGGUGAUUUUGCCCUCUUUCUUAAUUCAUUGGAGGGUCAUAAAUACCCUGGCAUACUCAUUAUCAUUUCAUUAUCUAAUUUUAGUUUUUUGACCUUCAAGAAAGUUUUUAGUUCACACAAAGCUAGGCUAGCUUCAGGUUCUUCUCAAAAUGCACUUCAUAUUCAUGUGAUUUGGUUGUCCUCCUUCCAAAAACAGGCUGAAAAACUGGGGUCUAAAGAUGAGAGUUGAAGUUGGGUUUCUUUAGAGUUUGUUGAGUGCAUUAUUCACCUUCCGGGAUAAUAUAAUGGGGAAAGGUGGCCGUAUAUGGUGGACAAGUAAAAUCUUGGAGUGCACUAAAGAGUUCCACCAAGCUCUAAGUUGCACGCGCCUAUGGCUCCUAUUAAUGUAAGUUCCCCUUUCCCCAUCCUAAUCAACAUAUUUUUAUGUGGAUUUUGCAUGCUUGUUCAUUAUGUUAUUUUGUCACUGAUCUUGUAUUCAAGUCUACUUUCUUGUUACUUUGUCUGCACUGAUUGACAUAAAUUAUUCAUGAUAAUUCUUUUCAUGAGUAAACUUCUAUUCAUAAAAAUGUAAAAGGGUCACCGGAAGUACACAUUUCCAUAUGAUAAAUUAAAUAUCUUUAUGCUUUAUUAGGAAAAAAGAAAAACAAUUGAUUUUGGAUGUUGCAGGACUGACCAAUCACAAAUUUUUUUUUUGAUGAGAUUGUAAAUGGAGUACAAAACAGAAAAACAAAUACAACUGAAAAAAUACACAGCCUGUCAAAAAGGAGGCCACAAAAACUCUCUAACAAUGGAUACAAAUCUAUGGGAAACUUGCCAAUUGAAUUGGUGGUAUUGGCCUAGUGAGCUAUGUUGUGAGCACAACAAUUCUUAUUCCUAUCAAUCUUGAUGGUAGUCUAGUUAUCAAAGGAGUUGAUUGAGACCAAGAAUAUCAGAAAUAAUGGGGGCAAUUCUCCAAUUAGUGGUGAGGUGUGGUUUCAGGAGACCAAGUAUAACAAAUAAAGAGUCGCUCUCUAGGACGGUAUAGUGCUUGGGCUGAUUUUACUGCAUGGAAGACUGCAAGAACUUCGCCCCCAGUUGAGUUGCACAGAAACCCAAUGUAGCUGAGGCAAAAAUAAUGGACCCUUCAAAGUUUGUGCCAGUGGCAGCAAAGGCCAAGUGAGGUGCAAAUGGCAGUGUCAAAGUUAAGACUUUGAGGUGGCCAAGUGGUGGGGAGGACCAGAGGAUGGAUUUAGGAACAAGGGCUUUCCAGGCUUUUGAGAUGGGAUAUGCUAGUGGAGUUCAUUUGCUUUGAAAGAGUCAAUGGGCCAGGAUUUGGAUCCUUGUAAAUUUUGUUAAUUUGAAUCCUUUGUAAAAUUUGAAAUUGGUUACCAAAAGAGAGCUGAGAAAUUAGCGAGAUAAAUUGACUCCUCUCUCUCUCUCAGAAUAUUUGUAUUUUUU